CGUAUUCAGAGAACCAUGAUCUCCUGCAGCGUUUAAGUGAAACCAUAAAACGAGAGAAUAACGACUAGAAUUACGGGACUUCGCCCUUGAUGUAUCUCCCCAAAAUCUUUCUCCUGCUCUUAUCCAGUCACCUGGUCCUUGCCCUCGUGACCCUCGAUACCAUCCGCGAUCUCACCAGCCUAACAGAUGAAUGCCGGGAUCGCAUUACCGAUGAAGGUGAUGUGAUACAGUUACCAGGAACGCCGCAAGUACAUUUGGGAAGUGGGCAGGAAGAUGGAGGGGAGAUUGAGGAUAAUAUCACAUAUGCGCUCCGAAUCCUCUGUUCGGAGCUCUUCAUUGCGCUUGAGACCCCGCUCUCUCCCCCAAUCUCCUCCGCCUCUUCUUCCCAAGCGGUGGAGUGCCAGAUGGUGAUUGAAGAAUACCAUGCGUUCCUAGGCGCAACUGUCCAGUUCCUGCAUGAGAUUCAGGAGCGUCAGAUGAAAUGGCGGUGGGAUGCGCAGAGCGGGGUCCGUGACGAGUUAAGUUGGCUGCAGAGCCUGUGGGCGAGUCGGUCGUCGAAUACACAGGAUCGAAGUUUUAUUGAGCAGCAGAUGAAGAUGUAUGCUGAGACGGGUUGUUUUGGGACUAGUAAUGAGGUGCUUAGAAGGGACGUGGAGAUCGUGGAGUAUAUCAAUGAUUUGAUUGAUCUGUUUGGGUGAUUUUUGAUGUAUGAAAGAAGGGAGCUUGGAUUAAAGGGAAAGUGGGUAGGUAUUGCUAUGUUCUUCACGGGGUUGGGUUGUUAAUGAUGAGGUUCGGAAGACUUAAUGCAGAACUCUGUGCUUGAUCACAAAGAGAAGAAUAUGAUAAUAGGGUGGUUUACAAAAGUUUUCAAUUUGAUGACCCUUGGCUGUUGGCCUU